AUAUAUAUUCAGUUACAGUAAUUAUUCUUCGGAUCUCAAGAAGGAGGAAGCAGAUUCGAUUAACUUCGUACACAAUGAGGUUCUACUUUGUUGCUACACAACAUGGCGCCGUUGGCAACUGAACUUUAGCUAGCGUUGCUAACAGAAGAUCUUCAUUUAGCACGCGCGCGCAGUGGCAUUUCACCGAGCUGUUCUUACUGUUUCUUUGUUUGUUUAUUUAUUUAUUUCCCCGUGUUGUUACAGUAGCAUGUUGUCUAAGUAAUACGCUGGUUUAUGAGUUCAUUAUGGAAGAAGGAGAAGAGCUUCAAUGCAGCUUCAAUGUAGGAGGCUCUGUUUUCUCCAUUCCUCUGAGCAGACUGGCCCACUUUCAGGACUCCUUACUGCUGAAAUCAGCCAGUGCACAUGCACAAAGGUCCACAGUGUUUAUUGAUCGAGAUGGCUGCGUAUUUAGACAUGUUUAUUACUACAUAAGCACAAGAAAGUUGACUUCAGCGUGUGCGUCCGAAAUGAACAUAUUGCAGGAACUUGCAGAAGAUCUUCAUCUAACGGCUCUGCAGCAGGCUUUAGGAAAGCUCCUGCAGCUCUCUGACCCCAAACCAAAGCCUGAACCUUCAGUUGAGUCAACGCCUCCAUCUGCUGUUCAUAAGGUCAUGCCGCAGGGGUUGGGAUCUAUGCCUCUGGUGGCCAGUAAGGAGGAAGUGCUGUACUGCUUUGUUCUUCUAGAGCAUGUACGCCUGCAUCCGGGCCUGAUCACCCACGACAAUCUGCUGUGGCUUUGUGAGGAUGUGGCUAUUAUAGAGUGUAGCAGCCACCUCUUCAGGUUCAUAGCCAAUUUCCUGCAGUCCGGGACAGUCCUACUGCCAGAGCUGUUCAGCGAAUAUGGAGAACUGUGUGAUGAAGCCAGAAUGGUGGGCAUGACUGAGUUUAUAGAGAUUCUGCAGGAAAUGAGUGAUUGGAAACACUGGAGCAGCUCGAGUGACUCCUGUUCAGAAGGUCAGGUGUGCUGUGCGAUGGAGCCACUCUAUGUUCUGAGCUUGAGUCUUUUGGUGAAGUAUCCAGACUCUUCACUGGGUCAGCUGUGUGUGGACAGCAAUCUGGAGGGCAGCAGACUCUACAUCACAGGCAGUGGAGUGCUCUUCCAACAUAUAGAGAACUGGUUGGGAACAUCACGUCUACCUCUGACGAGGACUGCUGAAGAGCUGCCUUGCCUUUGUGCUUACCUCGACAAUCAAGACGGAGUUUACCUCGCCAUCAGAGAGGCUAUGCGAGAGCACCUCCACAGGAAGGAGACCACAGGCCAUAUGAGUGCUAUGUCUUGGUCUGCCUCAGUGUCAACAUUCACCUUUUAUAAGGUUGUAAAGGUUUAUGCUGGAACACACUGGUAUGCUACUUACUUCAAAACCCUUAUAAAGCAUCCCGAGCUCCUCUCCAAUUCCACGAAGAUUAAAUGGAUUGUCUUUGGGGAGAGCCUACUGGUUAACGGCGAUGGCCAAAUGUUCCGGCACAUUCUUAACUUCCUGAGAUGUGGUCGCCUGCUGCUGCCUGCAGACUUCAGGGAAUGGCCUUUGCUGUGUCAGGAGAUUGAGACGUUCCAGAUCCCUGCUCUGUCCACUGCACUGCAUAACUCUUCGGACUACAGGGCCUGGUGUAAAGCUAGGGCCCAACUAAGGAAUCUUUCAUGCAAAGAUGAAGACAUCAUCUCAGAUUCUAGUCUCGACAGUGAGAAGUCACCAGAUGAAUAUGAGCCACUGUCUAUUCAAAGGGAAAGCCCAGACAACACCAGUGAAAGGUCAAGUACACACCCGGAGAACGAGGCUGUGUGUGUUUCUGUCGGUGCAUCAGGAAUAACAGAAGCGAGACCUGCUGCUACAGAGAAGACCGAGCAAACGGAAGAAAUCUCACUGGCCUCACUCAUGUGUACCUCACCUCCAGGCAUAGCAGUUUCCGGCGACUCCUGUGCUCAUGACGAGACGAUGAAUAAGAAGUGCGUCUCAGAGGAUUACUGGAACAGAGCAAUGGCCUCCAUAUUGCACAUGCUGCGGGAGAGAAGGCAGGAAGAGGACAGUCCUCUGCUGGAGCGGCUGGCUUUAUUAAUGGAGACCUCAAUGCUUUCAAAACCUGAGCUCAUGAAGAUGUUAUCAGAACUGUCAGAUACAGAAAAGUCCGCCCUGACAGUCGCACUGGUCACAACCUUCUUCAGGAACUGGCAGAGCUGCAAGGAACAACAGCAAAGCAGUGACACAGUCAGUGGAGAGAGGGAACACACACACACCGAGGAGAGACUCGGACACACCACACACAUACACGGAGAACUCCGUCAGAAUCCCAGCAGAGAUCAGAUUGCUUUGCAGAGGGAAUCUAUGAGAGGGAGUGUGUUUCCCAUCACCAGCUUCACAUCACCUGUUGGUGGGUGGGUGUUAAUGGUGGAACAUCCUGCGGUGCUGGGGAGAGGAGAGGCAGGGGGCUACUUCACCCACAGCAUCAUCUACACAGAUGAACAGCCUCAGAUGGUGCAGCCUGCAAGGAAAGAGGGCAGUGAUGUUGCAUUUGCAUACUUCAAUAUGUCUUAUGAAGAAAUGGUAUACGCUCGCGAGUGUCACGCCUUUCUCACUGGCACAAUCUUAGACUCUAGAGGACUCGACUCGAAGGACUGCAUAGUCAAGCUGGUGCAUCAUCUAUGGACAGGUCACAUGGGAGUGGAGAAGUUUGUACAGGAGCUUUUGACCGUGAUUAGAGUCGGGUCCCACAAACAGCUGGAAGAGCGAGAGAAGCUGGUGCAAUGGGUCCAGUUCACUCUACCACUGGCAAAGAAAUACACCGAGUGUGUAAGAGAGUUACUGAGGAAAACUUCCCUCCACACAGUCUGCCUGUUUCCUCCAGAGCAGCUGGAAAUCACCGUACCAUAACACAAAAAGAGGGUCAAGCAGUGACCAGAGUCCAGUGAGCAGCUUCGACAACCAGCUUUGGCUGACCUGG